AUGAAUAGCUUUAAGGACUACGUUUUUUCCGAGAAAAUCCCUGAGGACUGUAACCGCCCUAUGGUCGUCAAGGCUCUCUCUAAGACGUCAGGAAAAUUCUUUGCAAUGAAAUACUUUCCUGCCGAGAGUUUGAAAAAUAUCGAGAAGAAAACAAUUUACAGACUUAUCAAUGUGCUUUCAUCACUAUACCAUCCUCACAUUACGUACAUCAACGAAAUCAUGUAUAAAGCAAAUCCUGAUGAAGCGUUCAUUGCUCUUGAAUGGUGUGAUGGAUCUUCUGUAAAAAAUACAUUAGAUAGAUUCAGCACACUUCCAGAGAAACUUGUUGGAAGAUACACAUACGAAAUAAUUAAGGGAUUAGAGUUUUUACACAGUCAAGGUCAAGUUCAUAAAAAUCUUAAAGCAGCAAAUUUACUUUUAGCCAGCGGUGUACUUAAAUUAUCAGACUUUGGCCUUAGUGCUGAAGUUUCAACAUGUUCAAUCAGCGAACAUCCUUACUGGGCGGCUCCUGAAGUUAUUGAAUCACGUACUUUCUCAAAUAAAAGCGAUAUCUGGUCCAUGGGCGCAACAAUCAUCGAAUUACUCACAGGAAAACCUCCUUUUGCUGAGCUUCCUCCUGAAGAAGCCAGAAUCAAAAUAUUAAAUGAAACACCUCCGAUUCCUGCAAAGGCAUCUGCUCACCUUCAGGACUUCCUCUGUGCAUGUUUUGCCAAGAAUCCUGACGAAAGACCAUCUACAGAAGAAUGUUAUAAUUUCUUUUUCGUCAAAAAGGCCAUGGAAGAGCUUGGCGAGAAGCACGAAGCCGCUCCAAAGACAACACUUCGUCCAAUACCCAACCGUCUCUCAAUGUUACCCACUCCACAAAAAGAUCGUCCAAGAAUGAACAUUGAUGACUUCCAUUUUUCAGAUUCAGACAGCAACGAGCCGGCAAAACCGCCAAAGGAUGUUAACCAGCAACAUCUUUCCGCUCCAGUGAUGAAAAAGACCGGUCUUGCGAAAUUUGAAAAUAAUGAUGACGACGAUAGCGGUCUUGACAUCAAAUCACGUAUUAAUAGCAAGUUAGGCAACGAUGGCAAGCCUAAGAUUCAAAUCCAGCCAACAGUUGUUACGAACAUGCAACAAAUUUCACGUGGAGAAUUAAGAGACGACGAUAUCGAUGAUGGUGUUGAAGAUGAAGACUUUAACUUCAAGAAACAACAGAUGCCGACCUCCACUGUUAAUUCACCACGUCGUGUUGCAUUCAUUGGCAUCCCUGACGAAGAUACAGCCGCUCCAAAGACUAAUCAAACAAUUAAUUCUGCAACUUUCGAUUUCAACAACAUCAAAACACAAAAGAAAGAAAUCGAAGGAAAUGAUGAACUCAAACAGUUCCAAGAUGACGAAGCCGAGCCAUUUUCUGAUUUCGCGACAACAGAAGAGCCAUUACACAUCUCUUUACCUGUACAAAAGAGAGUCAUCAAUUUCGAUUUGAUCAAUGAUUCCGAUGAAAACGAUGAAGAAUUAUUUGCUCAUAGAAUCGAAGUUGAAGAGAUGAAGAAGCGAUUGAUCAUUGUUAUCAAGUCCAUUUCAACAACAAUGACAACAGAAGAAAUGGCAUUUGCUUUCAGCGAAGUCCUGGACAUCAUCAAGAAAGAUGGAAGUGUUAGAUCUUGUAUCAUUGAACAACAAGGUUUGAUGCCAAUUAUUGAGAUCAUUGAAUUCGGAAAAUCUCUUCCUGAGAAGUUAGUUUUGGAAGUUAUCUAUGAGAUUAUUAAUAACCACAAGAAACUCAAAGAAAACUUCUGUUUGUUGGGCGGAAUUCCUCCUGUCUUGAAGUUCCUUAAAGACACAAAUUAUUCCAAAGAAAUCAGAAGUUUGGCCAUGAAAAUUACUUCAGAAAUUUGCAGAUCUAACGAUGAAGGACAGAAGAAUGAGACUAAUGACAACAUACAGAUGUUCAUUUCUUGUAACGGAAUUGCUGCUUUAGUUGAAUCCCUUCAAUUCGAUAUCGAUGAAGAAAGUGAUUUAGUUUUGCAAUCAAUUAAAUCUAUCAAUGAAAUAUUAAUUGCAAAAAGUGGUAUCCAAGUUUCUGACUUUUGUCGUUUGUUUAUGUCUGCUGGUCUUAUUGAACCACUUUCAAGGGUUCUCAUACAGCUUGUCAACAAGCCAAAGAUCAGAGACAUGCAAGCAAUUGACACUGUCUGCGAAAUCAUGCAUAAAUUGAGCCAGGCAGAUACAAAAGUCAAAAUUGCUAUGGCAGAAAAAGAUGUCAUGGUAAACAUUGUUCAUUGUAUGUACGAUCCAAAGACUGACCAAGUAAGAAGAGAACUUCCUAUCAAUGACAUUCUUUUACUAUGCAAAGCAAUCAAAGAAAAUGUCGUCUCUGAUACAAGAGAUUUGCUUGCAGCAGCUGGAGUUAUGCAGAUGGCUUGCGCAAUGGUAAAAGCUGAAUUUGAUAAGACACAUGCUGUUGCAAUCCAUGCGAACUUAAUCCAAGUUUUAAGUAGUAUGUGUAAACUUUCUAAAGAAAGAUUGGAAGUUGUCGCAAGAUCUAACUUGAUAUCUUCUUUGAAACCAUAUUUGGAUAGUGAUACAGAACUUAAAGCAUUGGUUAUGUACAUGCUUAUCGAUUUCCCUAAAGUCGCUUUCCAAAACAAAGAUGUCAUGAAACAAUUGAUCGCUGACAAACUCAUUGAAAUUUACAUUUCUACUUUGACACAACAAUAUUGGGGCGCAAGAGCAAUGGCAGCUAUCGCAAUGCUUGCUUCUGAUCCGGAUUUCCAUGUCUAUCCAAUAUUAAUGACACCAGAAUCUCUAAAUAGAAUAAGAGAUGGAAUUGACUCCGUAAACUACGAAAACGCUCCAACAAUGUUGCAAAGAUUGAAUGAAAUUUGCAAGAAUUCAAAGGAUUUCGUACUAGUGUUGACAGAUCAGACGUUCUUGAACACAAUAAGAGCUAAACUGUCUACAGCAAAGAUGUUACCUUCGGAUUCACAGAUUCCUGUCGCAAUUUUGGAAUUAAUUGCAACAAUUUUCAGCGAUAUGGAUAAAACUCAGUUGCAGAAGCUUGAGAAAUCAUUCACACCGGAUAUUAAGGUGUUCGCUGAUAAAGGUAACAUCAAACAAAAGGGUACUGCACUCAAGAUAUUGAAAUUCUUUGGAAGUUAA